AGGUUUAGCUAUGGUAGAGCGUUUGGUUCUACUACGAAAGUAAACCUAAACAGUCAUUGCAGAUCCGUGUCAAGAGGAAGAGUUCUUGCCCUCCGACUUUAUACACGUUGCGAUACUUGUUCUUGUCGAGACCAGCAAGCUACGAGACAAUGUGUGGUCGUCAGCUGAUCAUGUCAGGUCGCCGUGCGGCCGCGCUCUUCGCGGCGACAUCAGACUCCUGUCUAUUCGUUUCUGGGAUUCUGAGGUCGCAGACUGGGAGUCCUGUAACCUCGUACGAGCGUUUUGUGGAUGCUGAUGUUCCGGAGGAAGUCAACGAGUUUGCGCCGCUUGAAGAAGCACUCCUCUCGGCGGGAACUACUGCGCAUGUACAACUACCGGUAUCAACGAGCGUUAUUAUCGGAGCAGAGCAGGCCAGAGCUGCGAUGCACGCGACGACAUCUCAAGAGGACGUCGACACAGAGCAGGUCUCCGAUUUGUUUCGCGGGCUACGGCUCCGGCCCUCGACCUCCCAGGAGGUCCGCGAGGACAACAGCAGUACGAGUGCAGCUCGUGCAUUGGGUGGUACUAAGUCAAACACGGGGUCGUCCGAGAGUUGUCGGAGUGCAGCAGCUUCAACCCCCUCGGCAGCCGCGCACAACAGCAAAAAACUUGCGUGUAGGAACAGCAGCGACAGCCUGGCAUCGGUGUCUACGGCUACACCGAUGCAUUCGGUCGGUUCCUGGGCUACCAUAAUUGCGGACGCCGAGACUGCAGCAAACGCAAAUCGAUCUCCGUUUUUCCUAACAAGCCCGUCUGUUUCCUGUUCCAGCCAAGACCUGCCACCGGUGUCCGCAAUCGGUGGUGAACAAGGAGUAGAUACGACGCAGUCACAUCAAGUUCAAGCUCGUUCUUCCCGCUACGCAAGAACCUCGCAGCACAGCAGGGUUACAACUGGACACGCAGAUGAUGAUGUUGACACGGAAAGGAAUAAACAUAAACCGGAAGAUGAUGAAUUGCACUUCGAGCAGGCCAUGGACGAUUUGGUUUUUCGCUUUCGAGAGUCGGUUGACGUAGGAUCGUGUGAGCAAGGUCGUGUCGAAGACUUCUCCGACCUGCGGUCUACUUCUUCUCGUGUUGCGAGUGGAACCAGCAGCGGGUCAUCUGGAAUGAACUACUGCAAUUCUUCUUCAACCCCGACAGCAGAAGGCUUGCUGAGUUCUUCUCCCUUGCAGCCUCUGUCCCCGGAGGAAGAAGAAAAAGUCAUCGCUGCGGCAAAGCAGUUGCGUGGCUGUUCCGACACACUAAAGGAAGCUUUGCUGAACACCAGCGCGGAGGGGGAUGGAGAGUCAUUUUUUGCCCGCGGCUCCUCCUCGGGGACCACGAAAAGCUCAGGGCUGCACCACUUUUACCCUCCAGAAUCUGCGACCGCAGCCGCUGCGGAGUGUGUCGAGCGUGCCAUUAGCGAGGUUGUGGCUGUUGUUGAGCCUUUUGUGCCCGACGACGCAGCACCUCCAGGUCGCGCGGCCGAGAGAGCUUCAGCACUGCAGGUAGAUGUGAAUGAACAAGAAACGCGUUCAUCUGGCUCAGCGCUCCACGACCAUGUCGUCGACGACUCGGAAGAGCAAGAAUUGGUCCGUCGUCAGAAGCGGGCUCUGGUUUUGAUGAUCGCUCUGCUGCAGGGUCUCUUACCCCUCGGAGACAACACCAUCAACAUGCUGUUCAUGCCAGCGAUCGCCGAGCGCAUGAGCCUGCCCUCCAGCGUGGAAACCAGCACGGACCUGCUGGUCGGGUGGAAAAACUCCGUGGCCGGAGCGCUCGGUGUCGUCGGGGGGCUUGCCUACAACCGGCUGGUGGAGAAGCUGGACGCCAAGAAGCAGUUCCGCAUGCUGCGACGGCUCGCGGCCACCGUCGGGGUUUCCGGCAUCCUGUUUUCCAUCGCGCUCCGGCAUCUGGAGCGCGAAAUGCAUCUUCUGGCGAGUCAUGACACGGCCGGAAAAGCUACCCCCGAAGGUACUACGACCGGGGAUGCUGCUGCCGAACUGUACCAAAGCAAACUGCUUUUUUUCUACUGGGCCAACGCAUGGAUCUGGGAUGGCAUGCAGGGCUUCUUCACUCCGCUUUUGGCGCACGUUGUGAAGGAAUUGUACGAGAAAAACGAGCCUGCUUCUGGUAGCGGCGGGGCGGGCGGUCACAGACAACUGCCUCCGGAAUCCUCACCUACUUUGUCAAGGAAUCAUCGAGAGCAAGAACAAGGUGGAACUAGCGCAACAAGAAGUACUAACGCGACCGCCUCGACGCAACAGGAAGUCGCGCAAGAUCAGGCGACCGCCCUGGCGCGGAUGGUGCAGGCCAUCUUCGCUGUGCCGGGACUUGGCAUGUACAUCGCCGCGUCGCGCGAAGAUCCGGCGGCGUGGACGCAAAAUCUAGUCGCUGCUCAGGCGGCCGUGGCAGGCGUUGGCCUCAUGCUCGCCGGUGGACCGCCGCAAAAGCUCCGCGGAGAAGGGGCGAAUGCCUGCCGGCGUUGGGAGUCCCUGUUCUCUGGAGGUCGUCGCGCUGCAAGCGAAGAUAGUCAACAAGCAGUGACGCAGCCGUGUAGAAGUACUGGUGUUGGUGGAGCUGCUGCCUCUGGUACAAGCUCGAGUAGCCGAUCCGAACCGCGGACUUCGACGCCGGAGCUUGAUGCGUGUGACGAGAAUGCCUCUUUCGUCCACGAUCGCGCCACAAAUGCUGGGCGUAUUAACGGGACGACGACGACCAGUGCCGCGUUUUCGCAAAACGACUUCGAGAGUCAGCGUCUCUUGGUUGCCCAGUGGAUGACGUGUCAGCUAGGAACGUCGGCGCACAAAUUUCUGUCGCCCGUCGCGUCCCGCAAACUGUGCGCCCCUUUGCUGCCGCCGAUCGUGUCGGACCUGGUGAUUACCCUGGGGACGCUGGCGGGUGCCGUGCUCGCGAGUACCACCAUCCAGCCGUGGCUGUUCAAAAAAAUUCGGGCACGCGUAGAAACAGCGAUUGCGAGCGAACACGAACGUUUACGCAGCGGUGUAAGUUCAUGUAGCUCUGGUACAGGAAGAGCAAAUGCGGUUUUUUGCUCCACCGGGGGCACUGGCGACGAUGAACAACCAGUGGAUAAUUUCGAACGAACGGGAGAUCACGCCACGCGAGAAAACGAUGUUGCGUGCAGGAAAAGGCGGCAGUUGGAAGCGGUAGCGUUCCGCGCACUCCCGCAGCUGUUGAUCUUUGUGUCCACCAACUUGUUCUUUUUCACAGUGCCGCGGCUCGGCGGAGAACAAAGUGGGUCGGCACCGCCGACAGCAGUCAAUUCAAGACCUGAUAGUAAAGCGGGUUUGUUGAAAAACGGCGGCAAGAGGACGACAGCAACUGGGACGAUCCGGCCCCGGGCGUCGUCUACCUCGAAAGCGCAAAACCGCCCGCGUGGUUUUCUGUCGCAGGAAAAAAUGAUGAAUACGUCGCGUGGUCAACAAAUGUCCUCCACGAACAAUAAAUCCAAACUUUCGCCGAAGAUGUUCCUCUCUCGUGCAGCGAGGCGGCGGCUCCAGGUAAAGAAGAACACCAAGCAGGUGGACCACCUGGGCGGGUUGAAAGUAGUUCUGGAGGACCUUCUGAAGCCUUUUGCCGAGCUCGGCGAUAUUGUUCCCAAGGCAGCACAGAGCGUCGCCCCGGUGCUCAGCGGUGUUGUGGCACUGACUUUGUUGAUUGUGAUGCAAACGGCCGUGGGAAUUUUUCUAGCUUUGGCGUCCUCCUCUACGCAACAGAAGAUUCGGUACUUGUCGCACUUUUCGACCGGGGACUGUGUGUGCAACUACGUGUUGGGCCCGUUUUUGACGUCGCAGGUGAUCAGUGCACUGACGGCGAAUCAGGAUGCUCUGCACCUUUCCGGAGAAGACGCCUCCACGCAGGUGACCGUCCAGAUCUGUUCCCUAUUCUACCUCGCUGCCGCCAGUCUCAACUUUGCUUACGACCGCCUGGCAGGGGAUCCGACAACCGGGACCACGGCGGAAGGUGGAGCUGCGGAGAACCAGCAGGAUCACGUGCCGACGCCUAGUGCAUCCACCUGUGCGGGAACGAGUAAGAUGGCAGCGACGUCAUCGAGUAGUGCAAACUCAGUUGAUCCGAGUCCACGGAGCGCCAGUGGAGCUGGAAGUAGUAGUGGUGACUCUACUGUUGCAGCUGCACCUACUCGUACUGGCGCGCCUGCUUUCACUCCUGCUCCCUUGGAGCCUGCAGCGAGACCCGCAUCCCGGAAUUAAAGUGGGGGGGAAGAUGAGGAGUCUGCAGUUGUGGCUAUACGAAGAGCACAUUGCUGCAUGCCGCAGUGGUCACUGACCCUAAAAUUUUACGAAUAUAAAGUUUCAUUUCAAAAAUGAAGUAUGCUCAAAGAAAGGGAAUCGGAAUCCCAACGAACGAGGAUGAUCAUGAUGCUUUUUGAGUUUCACGUGCCACCACGAUCCUUGAGCCUCGAAGUUUCUGACAGCACACUUGGUAUACACUACUGUUUUUGGCGAACUACAGUACAUACCAAGGUGAUAUGAUGUAAUUUUAAGUUGUGCUUCACAUUGUCUUGUGUUUCUCAAAGUUGAUGGGACUGCAUAUAUUUCUAUCCAGCGAGCUUGUUUAUAUUUGUAUUUUACUCGUCCGGCCACUGUUCUGCAUUGUUGCGAAAAUUUGAUUGGUUACAAUAGAGAAUAAAGUAAGUACUUCUAUUACGAAGAACAAGUGGAAGCUGGGUGGUCGUGGUUUCUACAGAAAUGCAAUAUUGCUGACAACAACCGAAACCGAUGCAGCUUUCGGCGUUUUGUAUGCGAUGCACGUCGAGCAAUGCUACGUUGUGUGAUUUGCCUGGGGUAUGUGAAUAAGAUUAAGAAACGGCGUAGUUGAUGAAAUAUUUU